AUGAACGAAAAGGGGAACGGACAGGAGCAAGAAUCGCAUACGCUCAAGAAGUCACAAGAGAUGAUCUUCGCGUGCAAGAAAUGCAAGAAGUGUUUCCGCAAGGAUGCGUCUGAAUUUGAGGAAAGCGACGAGUACUGCCCUCAUUGUGAUAAUCACUUCGUUCUCGAAGCCAAAACUCCCCAAGCGGCACUGCAGGUCGAAGGCGCAGAUGUGCGGAUGGAUAAUCGCAUGCUUAAGGAUGAACGAGUGCGCGGCGAUGAAGAAAAAUCCCUAUUCAACAUCCGAGACACAACCCACCGAAUGGGCUAA